AAAGCCGCUGACAUGUCCGCGGUGUCCGCUCGGCCCGCGCCAGCGCCAGGGAAGUCCGCCAAGAAGAAGAAGGCCCUGGAUCCGGCGAAAAAUGCCCUGAAGAACUGGCACCGGGUGCAGCGCCGGGCCGAGGCGCUGGCUCAACAGCGGCCCUUGUCGAACCGGUUCCGCGCGCGCCCGCGCAAGUCCGCCAACGCCGAUGCCGAUGGCCUCGAAGCCGAGGCCGACGCCCCGAUCGAGUCGCACGACGAGGAGGAGGAAGCCCUCUCCUCCGACAGCGAUGACGACCAGGAUGGCGACGAGUCGGAAGACGAGAGCAGCCUGAAUGAGAACAUGCCCGGACAGCUGGCCGACUUGAAGGCCCGCCAGAUUCUCAUCGACCGGGCGUACACCACCCCGGCGGUGGAUGUCGCCACUGGGCUGCCAGACACCGGCAAGACCCUGGACAUGGCCGAGGAGGACUUUGAUGAUUCGUUGUCCUUGACGGCGCGCGCGACCGCCCGGUCCACCGAUGGCACGCUCAUCCAGGUGUUCCCCUCGGACUUGACACAGGGUCUGUCGCUGUUGGAGCCGCAGCCGGAGGUCCUGUCCUCGACCAUGGCACGUACACUGACCCGGCAGUUUGGCAUUGAGAAGCUUUUCCCCAUCCAGGCGGCCGUGUGUCAGACCCUUCGCCGGGAGAAUCCCUCGGAGCCGGGGGUCUCCAUUGGCGGAGGCGAGCCCCUGCCACUGGGACUGGCUGGUUUGGCCACCGGUGACGUGUGUAUCGCCGCGCCCACCGGCAGCGGCAAGACCCUGAGCUUUGCGGUGCCCGUGAUCGAGGCCCUGACCGGUCGACGGGUGGUCCGCCUCCGGGCGCUGGUGGUCCUGCCGACGCGCGAGCUGGCCGUGCAAAUUCACCAGGUCUUCAGUCGCCUGAUCGCCGGGACGGAUUUGCGCGUGGGCCUGGCCGCCGGUAUUCGGUCCUUGUCCGCGGAGCAGGCCUCCAUGGUGCAUCCGGCGCUGUCGGCCUUCCAGCCGGAGGAUGACGCUCCGGGGCAUGUUGCCGGUCCCGGCCGCCUGGCCGGCGGCCACAGUGCCCUGGACAUUCUGGUUUGCACGCCUGGCCGCCUGAUGGACCAUUUGGCCCAGACCCCGGGCUUUACCCUGCAGCAUCUGCGCUUCCUGGUGAUUGACGAGGCCGACCGGCUGAUGAAUGACUCGUACCACAACUGGCUGCCCCGUGUGCUCGAGGCAUGCGACCCGCGGGCCACGGCGCCCAGCUGGAACACCCCGGAACCGGACGCCGUGUCCCUUCGGGCCCAGGGCCAUACCCCGUGCAUGCGCGAGCCGCCGAGGCACCAGUUCCUUCAGAAGAUCCUGGUUAGUGCCACGCUCACGCGUAACCCGGCCAAGAUCGCCAGUCUGCGCCUCUUCCGGCCACGCUUCUUUACUGUGGACCUCGGCCUGCAGCCAGUGUCCCAGAUGGCCGAGGAGCCGCACGGUGCCACGGCCAUGGCCACCGGCGCUGCACAUUCCCAGACCUCUACCCAGGAGGAGCGCUCCUUCGUCAUGCCGCCCACUCUGAUCGAGCACAUGGUAGUCUCCGCGCCCGAGGACAAGCCCCUGGUCUUGCUGUAUGCUCUGCGCCGCCUGGGCAUGCAGAAGGUGGUCUGCUUCGUCAGCAGUGUGGAAUCCACGCACCGGCUCUUCCGCUUGGUGCAGCUGCUCGGUGGCAUCGAGGUGGCCGAAUUCUCCGGUGCCCUGGAUAUGAAGUCUCGCACGCGGAUUCUCAAUCGCUUCCGAAAUGGCCAUAUCAACCUUCUCAUCUGCUCGGACUCCAUGGCCCGUGGCCUGGAUUUGGACAUCAUCGAGCAUGUCAUCAACUACGAUGCGCCGAUGCGCCUGCCGACGUAUGUUCACCGCGCUGGGCGGACGGCUCGCGCCGGGCGCACUGGCCACGCGCACACCAUCUGCCUGCCGACCGAGGUGCGGCCCUUCCGGGACAUGCACCGGCGAACGAUCAAGUCCUUUGGCGGGCAGGCGCCGGAGGCCAACCGUCUUGAGCGCUGGCGCGUCAACUUCGAUCGCGAGCUGGAGCCCAUGCGGCCGCGCUUCCGCCGGGCCCUCGCCGCCCUGAAGGACCUUUUGGCCGAGGAGAAGCUGGCUACCACGGAGAAGACUCGCCAGUCGGUUGCUGCCGCUGUCCAGGCCAGCGAGGCUCUGCUGGCCAAGUAUGCCCUCGACGCUAUGGACGACUCGUGGGCCCUUCCCCGGUGGGAGGGGGUCCCGCCGGUGGCCACCGUGGUCGGCCUCAUCGAGGCGCCUCGGGCCUCGGAUCCGUCUGCUGAUGGGCCGGCAUCCGGCUCUGACUCGGCGGCCUCUGACGACGACGAGGAGGAGGAGGAGGAGGAGGAGCCGGCUCUGCCCAGCGCCGGGAGAUACAUCUUCCCGGAGGGGGAUUCCAGCAGCUCGUCCUCCUCUUCGGAUUCGAGCUCGGACUCGGAUUCGGCCUCGAGCUCCGAUUCAGAUACCGAGCCAGAAAUCAAGCUAUCUCCUGUGGCCAUCCCGGCUGCGGUGGUCGCCUCUUCGGAUUCCUCCAACCUGUCUUCUGCAUCUUCCGAUUCGUCCAGCGCCUCUGACUCGUCGGAGAGCUCCGAAGACGAUGGUGAAGAUGGUGGCUCGUCGAAGAAGCGUAAGCGUGGUGCCCGGGCCGCCGCUGGCUCUUCCUCCUCCUCGGCCUCGUUGAGCUCCGAUUCCUCGGAUGACAAUCAGUCGGAGCCGGAGCCGGAGCCCGAGCUCGAGCCUAGCAAGAAGCGCCGGCGCGAGGCCGUGUCGGCCGGCAAGGUGCUCAAGUCCUCGAAGAGUGACAAGGGCCGUGACAAGGAAGCCCGGAAGCGCAGUCGCGAUGAUGCGGCCCAGGCGGAUGCUCCGGACCCGGUGCCGAAGAAGUCUCGCAAGGAGGACAAGAAGUCCAGCAAGAAGGAGGACAAGAAGAAGAAGUCCGACGAGAAACCCGGAAAGGAUGACAAGAAGCCUGGUGAGGAGGGUUCAAAGUCUGCGAAGAAGGACAAGUCCGACAAGAAGGAGCAGAAGGACAAGAAGGCCAAGUCCGACAAGGAGGAGCAGAAGGACAAGAAGGACAAGUCUGACAAGAAGGACAAGUCUGACAAGAAGGACAAGUCUGACAAGAAGGACAAGUCUGACAAGAAGGACAAGUCUGACAAGUCUGACAAGAAGGAGAAGUCCGACAAGAAAGACAAGAAGGAAAAGUCCGACAAGAAGGACAAGAAGGAAAAGUCCGACAAGAAGGACAAGUCCGACAAGAAGAAGUCCUCCAAGGAGGAUAAAUCUGCCAAGAAGGAUAAGAAGAAGUCCGAGUCCAAGUGA